CUCCCCUUCCUCCAUACGCAGAUAUCUUCGUCCGGCUUCAACUCCGUUGCUAGAUCAAUUGUAUUUUGAAGACACGAUGAAGGCCGGCGAUGGUCUUUCCGAUGUGCUCCGCCAGCCUCCUAAAUGGGUCCACAUGUAUGGUGACUUCAUCACCAAGAAUGCGAGCGCCGUGUCGCAAAUUGAGUCUGCUCUACGAUCACUGACAUAUAUCAUUCCUGGCCGUUUCCGCGACGCAGAGAUAGCAUCUGAAUCUGUGCAUAGCGGCGUUCAGCUUCUCUCGCUCUAUCAUGACUCUCUCCUCUCUCGCGCCAUGGCCACUCGUCAAUCCGGCCCUGGGUCCCGCGCACCACCGCAACAACCUACACUUCAUAACAGAUAUACCCGCUUCUGGACGCGAACCUCCUCUACAUAUAAGCGCAUCGCACUUCUCCUUCAAAUAGUCCAGUAUACCGAGCUUUUAUGGGAAAUGGCCGCGAAACGAAAAGGCGAGAAAGUACGCUGGCGCGUCAUAGUAUUGCUCGAAGGGAUCAAGGCAUUGUGCAGACUGCUGCUCCUUCGUCUGACGAACUCACGACCACUUGUGUCUCCGCCUCUGCCGCAACGAGAAGUUGAUCCCAGCACCUUGGAAGAGUCAGACUCCUCCUCAGAUUUUACUCACGAAACAUCUGCGCCAGAUACUGCUUCUCCCGAUUCUUUUGCAAAUCCGGAGUCGCAGACUUGGACCAUGCCACGCACGGGCUUAUCACUCCCAAGUCUGCCCGAAUCAUCGGACCUAUCAAGCUACCUCCUCUCCAAGGUUCUCACAGCAGACGAUAUCAAGCCUCCGAAGGCUCUCUUGCACCGCGUGACGGGUCAAGGCCAACUCGCAGAGGUCCUUUACAUUCUUCGACCUGUCAUUUACGCGCUCGCCAUGCAGCGCUGGAGUGGUGACAAGAAGAGCUGGCGCCCUUGGUUACUUGGCGUGGCUAUCGAGUAUGGCUCACGCCAGUUGGCCAAGAAGGACUUUCAAGAGCGCGUGGCUGGCGGUCUGCGCGGCUUGACCGGCUUGGAGCGAGAGGAGUUGCGAAAACGCGGAUGGGCGCUUGGAUGGUGGCUUAUGCGAGGCGCCUUCUAUGAGAAUAUUACAAAGUCAUGGCUGAGUAGUGUCACCACAAAAUUGCGCAAUAAACCCUUACUCGAUCUCGUCGGUGGCGUCCUAGACGACUACGAAUAUCUCUGGGACAAUUACUACUUUUCGACUGCCACUUUGUAAGAGGUUAUGUUGUCCUGUGUUCCGUUCGUACUUUACUCUGUCCAGCUUGUAGCCUUCUUCGUGAUAUCCCUCCCGUUUGUGCGUGUCUAUUAGAUGGGAAUUGUGUCUUUUGGUAGCUUCGUUACUUACUCUGCUCUUCAAUUUCCCUUUUUUUCUACUUUUGCUUGUAACAAUCUUGUACGAGUAAUUGUUUGUGUGUAUUCCCGCUGCAUUAGACGUGUAGGUGUACGCAUUCGCAGUUCGCCUUUCAAAUGCAAUUGCAUGAUCUUGGUCAAGAAGUAGGGUCGGUGUAUGUCUUGGCGCUCUUAUCCGUUUGAAAUUUGAAUUUAGCUUGGGCUUAAUGUGGAUUAUAUAUUCUUAAUUAUUGU